UGCUUUAAAGAGAAGAAACUCUGCAUUUCGGUUGGAUAUUUAUAGUUUCUUCUGGUUUGCUUUGUUUUUAAUAAUGGAUAUGAAUUUUUCAAGGCAUGUAUUUUGUUAGCUUAUCCAGGCCUUUUAUAGUUUUUAGCAGCAUUUUUCAAGAUGAGGAUUUUCAUAGCUUUUGAAGGACUUUGUGAAUCUUUUGACAUUUUGGCAGAGCAGACUGUGCAAGCUGUAAAACAGAUGAUAAAGGAUUAUUUCCAUGUCCCCCUUUCCGAAGACAAGCAAGGCAGAAGAUAUUUGGAGUUGAUCUAUGCAGGAGCAGUGCUGAAGGACAACUGGAUUAUUGCUGAUAUAGGGAUAUCAGUUUCUUCAGUUAUUAGAUGUGUUGUUAAGGAAGAAGACAAGCCGGCCUUCUAUGUAUACAAUAGUGUAAGCCAAGAGAAAGUACCCAUUAUGGGGAGUAUUCAUCUUCUUGCAACAAAGGUGUCCUUUUUGAAAACCCUGGUGACCCUGAAAUGUGGCUUUCCAAAUAGUGUUUAUUGUCUUAGGACUCCAGGGGGCAGGGAGAUGUAUGACUGCAAUACACUGAAUGACUACCACUUAGAUAUAGGCACAACACUGUUUCUGGAUGUAUGGGAUGGAUGGAAAGAAUUUCUGACUGGAUGUCUCUUAGGAAACAAUCGUACAGUCCAACGUCAUCUAUCCAGAGAAGAGCCAGUCCUCAAUUAUCAAAAGAGAGUGGCUCUUUACAUGGCAGCACAUUUUGGCCACCUUGGGCUUGCAACAUGGAUCCUGCAGCAGGGAGCGAGACCUAAUCAAGCAGUUGGUGUUCAUCCCUAUCGAGAGUGGUGUCAGGAAACAGAGCACCCAGAUAUAAAUAAGUGUCCAGUGCAUGCAGCUGCAGAAGCAGGCCAACUAAUGGUGUUAAAGGCCUUCAUCAACUGUACUGUGUUGUGCUUAGAAUGCCAAAGCCCAACAGGGCAAAUUCCUCUGAACAUAUGCAUCAAACACAUGCAUAAGGACUGUGUGUUAUAUUUAGUUACCAAAAUUUGGUCAGUAGUUUCUUAUCCUAAUUUUUCACUUCCCAUGAAGAUCUACAUUAAGUUAAAGCAGUGGCUUCUCCAAGCUCAGAGUCACAUCCUUUCCAAGAAACGGCUUAACCAGGGUACAGUCUUCAGAACACGAGUUGGGGACAUAAUUACUGUAGAUGGCUUCACAAAGCCCAGAAUGACUUCCAAGUCCCCAGUCAAGAAGACAGCCAACAAGGGCUACAGGUUACCAAAUCUAUCUGAUCAUACUCAGCAUGAGAGAGAGUCAUAUCCCCUGACAAACACAAAAAACAACCUACAAUUAACAAAGCUCAAAUUACCUCCUUUGGAGAAUGUGAAUAAACUCUCUAAUAUACGCAGACUUCAGCAAAAGAAGAAGAAAAGGAAAAAUGUUGCUCAGCCUACAAAGGAUGAAACUAUGGACCAACAUAUAUGUUUAGCUAAAGUUCCUUUGCCCCCAGUUUCUAAGCUCCAGAAUUCAUGGCCUCCUUUCUUCUAUUCCACACCUCAUGCUAAAUUGCUUCUAAACUCUUCUUUUGAGUCUUUCUCAGAAUACAAUGGGAGAUCUCCAAGACAGAAUGCAAUCUACUACUUAGCUGUUGCCAGUGCAUUUAAAGAGAAGCCAUGGCUUCAGCAACUGGAAAUUGCAAGAACCCUAGCUAAGAAGAGUGUCUGCAAACCUGUAAACUGAAUAAAGCCUGAUUUCAGACUUAAUAUUUCCUGGAAUCUGUACUUUGGAAUAUUUGAAUCUUCUUACAAUCAUGUCCUGUUUAAUAGAAACCCGUAAGUCCAUAUUUUCCAUGGAAAUGCUUCAAAGAUACAGUUAAUAAUGGUAUUGUGUUAUAGAAAGAUAAAUCAUUACUGUAGUUGUGUGAUAAAUCAUUGUGUAGUUUUGAUCUGUGUGACUAAAAUGAAGAUAAAAAUAGAUCGUAAUGGAACAAAAAUAGUUUGAAAAUUGAGUAAAAUGUUAACUAGAUUAAAAGUCUGUUUUUAGCAUUAUGUAGCACCAGUCCAUGAUGUAAAAAUUAGAUCAUCUAGAGCAGAGGUUCCCAAACUUUUUUGUAUUGAGGACCCCCUUCCAGAUUUACCAACUGCCUGCAAACUCCUACCACCAUGUUUUAUAUUUUAACCCCUUAAAUGCCGAUUAUUAUAAUGAAAAUUAAAUCCGCCGUUACAUAAUUUCUUAUGCAUACCCGCACAAGAUUUCUUGCAUCUCCUCAGGGGUACAUGUACCACAGUUUGGGAACCUCUCGUCUAGAGCUGAGAAGCAUGAGAAGAACUUGCAAGAAUCACCCACUUGAAAGACCUUCCACUCAUCAUCUUUAAAAGUUUCAAAAUAACUUUGGAUAAAAUUAAAUCACAUUAAAGCCUUCUCUGCAGCUUCUGCCAUCUGGAGCUCUCCUUCCUGUAUCCAUCUGCUUUACUGAGUCUUUCUCUAUCCAGGUCUCAGUUGCCAACCAUCUUGUUUCACUUACAUGCCCCCAUUCUCUUUUGACUCCAGAAUAUGUAUUAAUUAAAGUCCUAAUACUGCAAACUAUUACUUGCAGGAAUUCUUACUCAUGUGAGUAAUGCUUCACAUGUGUCUCAGUGAACUCAAUUAAUACAACGUGCGAUGCAUGUGAAUACAUGUAAGAUACUGGUCUUUAUUUUUU